AUGCUGCUUGGUGUGAAGAACGCUGCUCUCACCGCGGCGGCGAUUGUCCUUGUGGGCAUCAUUGUUUCGUGGAAGUUUUCAUUCCAAUAUGCGCCGCCGUGCGCGGGGUGGAAGCUGUGGGCCUCGGCGGGUGGCAGGAAGGGCCCACAGGACGCUGAUGGCACCGCGCGGGCGGAAGGCUCUCGCCAACAAAAAACGCUGGGGGAUGGGCAAGAUUCCUCUGCGGAUGUAUCGCUGCCGCGGAGCUCCGAUGACUCCACAGUGGACGGCCACCAGAAUACACCGAACGGCUCGCGUCGGCGGAUCAGCAAGCCGAUGCCGCAAGAGGUCCGCGACUCGAUCAGUCGUGGGGGCUCCAUCAGCAGGGACGAUGAAGGUACUGAGGGCAGGUAG